AUGGUGAGAGCUUGGAUAUAUUCUCCAGGGCAUGAAACCUCUCAUUAUUCUGAUAUGCCUUUCUUUGUUGCGCAGCUUGUGAAUGUGUUUCAGGCAUACAAGUAUGCUGAAUUACCUUCCAUUUAUUAUAUUGUAUGGUUAUAUUUGUGCAUCUAUCCAAAUGAAGUUUUCUGUCAUGUCAACAGGGCUCCCAUUGGUCAAGCAUAUGGCUUGACUGAAACAUUUGCUGGGGCUACCUUCUCUGAGUUUGAUGACAGCAGUGUUGGACGUGUUGGUCCUCCUCUUCCUUGUGGCUACAUUAAGCUUGUUUCUUGGGAUGAAGGUGGAUAUAUGACAUCAGAUAAACCAAUGCCACAGGGAGAGAUUGUAAUUGGGGGGUUCAGUGUGACAGCUGGCUACUUUAAGAAUCCUGAAAAGACUAAUGAGGUGUUCAAGGUUGAUGAGAAAGGUAUGCGCUGGUUUUAUACUGGUGAUAUCGGAAGGUUCCAUCCUGAUGGAUGUCUUGAAAUUAUAGAUAGAAAAAAGGAUAUUGUCAAACUUCAACAUGGAGAAUAUAUCUCUCUUGGGAAGGUUGAGGCAGCACUGUCGACAUGUAGUUAUGUGGAUAGUAUUAUGGUUUUUGCAGAUCCCUUCCACAACUACUGUGUGGCUCUCAUUGUUCCUUCACGUCAUACUCUGGAGAAAUGGGCCCAGCAAGCUGGUGUUUCGCACACAGAUUUUUCUGAGCUGUGUGAUAAUCCUGAAGCGGUCUCUGAGGUUCAGCAGUCCCUUUCCAAGGCCGCAAAAGCUGCAAAACUGGGCAAAACUGAGGUUCCGGCGAAGUUUAAGUUACUGCCAGAUCCAUGGACGCCUGAAUCUGGGUUAGUCACUGCCGCUCUCAAGAUAAAAAGGGAACAGCUGAAAGCCAAAUUCAGACAUGAGCUCCAAAAGUUGUAUUCCUGAAUGCUUCAUUUGUAUGCACAAUUUUGGCAAAGGAGCAAAAAUGCCUAAUAAAUUGUUGGCUAGGAGCAUCAAAUAGCUUGAAGUGAGGAAAAAGUGCACGGGUAUUCAUGAAGUUAUUUUUUUGGUACAUCUGUGAUUGAACCAUUGUGUAAAUAUGAAAUUUAAUGGUUUGCUCACAAAUACAUCAAAAAAUAAAUUCAUAGGUACUUGUACAGUUUUUCUCACUUUGAACUAUCGAUUGUUUCUAUCUAACAAUUUCUUGAAUAUUUUUUUUCCUUUGCCCUUUAAUAUGACGUUUGAUUUUGUUUUAUAAUUUUUUUUCCUUUGUGGAUAAUCACUUAUCUACGCUAUUUAUGAAAUAAUGACUGUAAUAUCUUAGCUUUUUACUUUUUUAAUAUAUUAAAUUUUGGUUA